CGCGCCCCUUGUGUCACAUGACCGGAAACGAUGGAGGCGGCCAAGAUGGCGUCUCCCAAGAGCGCCCCUAAAGACGCGCAGGUGAUGGCGCAGAUCCUCAAGGACAUGGGCAUCACCGAGUACGAGCCGCGCGUCAUCAACCAGAUGCUGGAGUUCGCCUACAGAUACGUCACCACCAUCCUGGAGGACGCCAAGAUCUACUCGAGCCACGCCAAGAAGUCGAGCGUGGACGCGGACGACGUGCGCCUGGCGAUCCAGUGCCGCACGGACCAGUCCUUCACAUCGCCCCCGCCCCGCGACUUCCUGCUGGACAUCGCCCGCCAGAAGAACCAGACGCCGCUGCCGCUGAUCAAGCCGUACUCGGGCCCGCGGCUGCCGCCCGACAGGUACUGCCUGACCGCCCCCAACUACCGCCUGAAAUCCCUGCAGAAGAAGGUCUCCUCCACAGCAGGCAGGAUCACAGUCCCUCGCCUGAGCGUGGGCGCCGUGAGCAGCAGGCCCAGCACUCCCACUUUGGGCACGCCCUCAGCCCAGACCGUGUCGGUGUCAGCCAAGGUGGGAGCGCCGGUGUCGCUGGCGGGGCAGCGCUUCACGGUGCAGAUCCCGUCCUCGCAGCCCGCUGGGAAGUCAGCCACUCCCACCACUCCCACGGUGCAGAACGUCCUGAUCAACCCAUCCCUGAUCGGCCCCAAGAACAUCCUGAUCACCACCAACAUGGUCCCGCCCGGCGCCGCCGACCCCAACCCGCUCAAGAGGAAACACGAGGACGACGACGACUACGACGCCUUGUGAGGGCCCACGGCCCUGCCCCCUGCAGGGGGCCCUUCCCAAGGGAUUCAGGGAGCCUUUCCCGUGGGAUUCGUGGAGCCUUUCCUGUGGGAUUCACAGAGCCCUGCCCAUGGCAUUCACACGGACUCCAGAGGGUGGGAAUGGGCAGGAAGGCCCCGUUUGGGCCUUGGGAGUGUGGAAAUAAAGUGCAGAGUGUUUGUAA